AUGCUUCCCUCCUCGAGCCCCACUGAAGAUUUUUUCGCUGGCCUUGAGGGCACAAAACGGUCUACACCUGCAAUCGAGGCCAGACGCGAAUGGGACUGGUUGCGGUCCCAGGAGCAGCUCAGUGGCUACAAGAUGCAACAGGAUGUUAUUCUUCGAGAGCAGCUCAGAGCCGAUGAGAAACGUCGCAAGCAGGAGCCUGCACGUCCAGUCGUAUUUCACGGCGAGCAGCAAAGCUGGACUGUCAAUGGGUGCGAAGAUGCUUUAUAUUAUCUCGAGAACACCGUCAUGCGACUGGUAUCAAACAGGACGCCGUUCCAACUUGGAUCCCUCGAGUAUUGCCGCUGGCAGUCAGCUGCAGACAUAAGCGCGAAGGAGGAGAAACACGUCCGCGAUGAUUUGAAGUACAUGGUGAUCUGCCUUGUGGGGUACCAUGAUCGCAUUCACCGAGUACAGCACGCACUUCACCAGCUCGUUGGAGACGAGUCUGACGAGUGGAGCCAGGCCGACAGGGUUGGGUGUUUGAUCACUAAGUAUGUGGCUAUAGUCAAGGAUUUACUAAACCAUUUGAAUGGCGGUGUGGUCGAAAUGUACGACUGUUUAUUGUGCGAGAUGUUCCUGUACCAAUCCGAGCCUCAGUAG